AUGGAGGUGCGCAGGUUACUGCUGCUUUGGCUGGCUGUGGCACAAGGUGCUGAGAGACUACGGAGUGCUGGCCGAUCGUUGCAGGAUGCCUCCGAGAAUGACACAGUGUCAGUGCCACCCACGGUUUGUGCGGCAAAGCCCGCUGUUAGCUUCGUCGAUCAGAAGCCGAUGUGCCAGAAUUGCGCGAGUAUCACCAUUGACGAUCCCGUGAAGAGGUGCAUGUUCAACACCUCCCAGUGUGAGAACGUGGGCCCUGGCCAGAGUUGCGAGAUCGACUGCGCUUUGCCCUUCGUGCGGGUGGGGAAUGUCACCACUGGCCAAUGCGCGACGGGGAACAGCAUUCCGGAUCGGAUGAUCGUGUGGCAAGAGCCCAUGUGCAUUUGCCCAGAGCCUGCUUCGCAGCAGGGAUAUGUGAAGGAGGGCAAUGUCUGGCGCUGCUCCCAGGGCUUCGCGGGCACUCCGCAGGUGGUCUGCGAGCCGCUGCCAGGCUGCCAGGGGGUGCAGAGCUUCCUGCAGGGCUGCGAGAAGUUGGUGCCCUGCGCCAUGCCCUCCGUGGACAACUGCAGGUUCGAUGUGUCCCGAUGCACCCAAGUGCCACCUGGAGGCUCUUGUGAGAUUCACUGCCAGCAGCCCCUGACGGGGAACCAUACGGUGGCAAUUUGCAAGGAGAUGAACACGGACCCGCUGCAAGAGUUGGAUUACUUCCCGCUGACCUGCCUUUUGGAGAGCUGUCCGGAUCCAUCCCCCUGGCCAGUGGGUUACAACAAGACCCCCGAGGGCAAGUGGGUCUGCGCCGACGGCUACAACGGCACAGCGCGAAAUCGCUGCGAGCUCGGGGACACAUGGGUGGAAGACUGCUCCGCUGUUGCCGCGCUGUCCGGGUGCAUGGAGGUGGUGCCCUGCCUCGCUCCCAGCCUCACGGGCUUGGACUUCUGCACCUACGAUGUCUCCGCUUGCACCUCCGUGGCUCCCGGGGAGAAGUGCGAGGUGCACUGCAAGAACCCCUUCACCGGCGCAAAGACCGAGGCGGACUGCCCAGUGGGCAAUACGGACCCCAACGGCCUCAUGUGGACGAUGCCCCCCUGCACCCUUGAGAGCUGUGAUGAGCCGGGUACCGUUCCGGCGGGCUACCGACGUUCAGGCACUGCAUGGGAAUGUGCUCAAAGCUACACGGGUUUUGCGGAGAAGGCAGCGAGUCGUGCCGCGGGGUUCGUAUCGUGCGCGCCAAUGUCCACGCCGCAGAUUCCAGCCUCGCUAUGGCAAAAAGCCGCAAGGGCUUUGAUGAGCGAUGAGAAGAAGGAGGAUGAUGGGGACGCGGGCCCCAAACAGGUAGCGGUGAUCCCGCCCAAGUUCGGAGCUCCGGCGCCCCCCCCAAUCCCAGUGAAGUCAGGAAUGGCUCCGCCUAUGCCCAUACCGCCCAAGGCCAACAUGGCCCUCAUCCCAGCUAAGUCUGGCAUGUCCAUCAUCCCAGCUAAGUCUGGCAUGGGAGGAGGCCCUAUGCCGUCCUUCAUGACUGGCCCGGCUCCCAGCAAGGAUGACGACGAUGACGACUCCGAUGAGGAGUCCAGCGAGGAGGACGGAGCCGCUCCAAACCCCAUGAUGAUGCUAAUGAUGCUGAAGCAAAUGCAGAACUCGGUGAAGUCCAACAUGUCCAAGGCUCCGCCAGAGAUGCAGGAGCAGCAGAAGAUGCUUCUGCAAAUGCAGCAGCAGUUUGAGAUGACCCUCAUGCAGAAGAUGGGCAUGGAGUCGGGCGGAUCUGCACCGUCCGUUGCGGCGGAUGUGGAGGCUGUGGAGGUUGUGGCGGUGGAGGUUGUGGGGGUUGUGGCGGCUGCGGCGGCUGCGGUUGCGGGGGUUGUGGCGGCUGUGGCGGUUGCGGCGGUUGCGGCGCCCAAGUCUGCCCUCCCUGCAGCCUUGGCCAACAAGCAGAAGAUGGACGCUUCCAGCAAUUUGAUGAGCGUGGCCUCGUCUGCGUCCUCGUCGGCGCAAGUGAUGCCGCAGAGCAACAUGGGCUUGCCAGCGGCCCAGGCCAUGGCAGCGUCGGGCGCCACCCCGGAGAUGCUGCAGAUGAUGCAGCAGAUGAUGGGGGUGCAGAGUGGCUACGUGGAUCCCUCCCAGAAGGGCGCUGUGGAGGCGCAGCAGGAGGCUUUGGCCCUGGCGGCCAAGGAGCUGCAGGCGGCGCAGGAGGCGGCGGCGGCACAGCAACAGGCGCUGGAGGCCAUGAGCCCCGAGCAGCGGGACGCGGUGCUCAAGGCCAUGUCCGCCGCCUCCGAGGCCCAGCAGGCGCAGCAGAGCCAGUUCUACGAGGCGAUGAAGGCCCACGAGAUGGAGAAGCUCCAGAAGAGCGGCUACUACCAAUCCAACCAGCCGGAGCGGUUCAAGGACGGGUAUCGGCCGCUGCGCAUGUGCAAGCACUACAAGACGGACCAGUGCUGGCGAGGCCAGGAGUGCACCUACGCGCACAGCCUCGAGGAAUUGCACCCUGCCUCCCCUGACCUGCCGCGGGUGGAGGUGAAAGAGACCAAUGCCCUCGCAGAGCAGCAGAAGGUGGAGGACAGCGCGCCAGACGUGCGGCUGAAGAAGAAGAAGGAGCUGUGCAACAAGUGGAAGAACGGGCAGGACUGUGUGCUCGGCCGCGCUUGUCCCUACGCCCACGGUGAGAAGGAGUUGGGGACCGUGGAGCUUGUGGUCUGUGGCCGGGUGAAGACAAGGAUCUGCAAGUUCUGGACCACCGGGAAUUGCAUGUUCCUGGGGAACUGCGUGAACGCGCACGGGGAGAAGGAGCUGGGAACCAAGCGGCCAGACUUUAUGACGCCUCCCAUGAAGAAGAGGAGGGAAGGAGAGUCCAUCGACCAGUUCAGAGAGCAGGUUUGUGAGACCACGGAGAGCUGCGAGCUCCGCGCGGUGCUGCGGGGCUGCUCUCAGCUGGUGCCCUGUGAGGCCCCGCAGUCCAACUGCCGCUACGACCUGUACGGCUGCAGCAGCGUUCUGCCUGGCAACGAUUGCGAGGUGAGGUGUCAGGUACCUUUCGCAGGCACGGUGACCAUCGGCAGCUGCCUGAGCGGCAACACCGACGUCAACGGCCUAGUCUGGACGGCGCCUUCGUGCUCCAUCAGCAGCUGCGAGGACCCUAUGCCGGGGAACGGGUACCAAAAGGUGGACGGAGCCUGGGAGUGCUCCGCUGGGUAUUCCGGCAGCGUCACCAAGACCUGCCAGUGGAUGGAGGACGCCUGCGAAGCGUACCCGGUGCUGAGCGGCUGCGUCCAGGAGCAGCCCUGCCGGCUGCCGGACAUGGCGAACCCCUGCAUGUUCGACACUGCAGACUGCAUGAAUGUGCAACCUGGGAAGAUGUGCAGCAUCCGCUGUAAGUCGCCGUACCUGGGGCCUGCGACCGACUUCACAUGUCCUGUGGCGAACACGGACCCCAACACCGCCCUCUUGGGUACCCUGCCGGACUGCGGCUGUGGUGAACCGACACCUCUGCCACCGGGCUACAAUCUGACCUCGGACCAGUUCGAGAACACCAUCACCUACUCCUGCGCCCAGGGCUACGGAGGAACGGCGCGGAAGCUGUGCCAGCCAGGGCCUGGCCCGGAAUGCACCGUGGACCCCUUGAUGACAGGUUGCGCGAUCCCCCUGGCUUGCGAGGUCAUCUUCAUCGAUCAAGGCUCUGGAGAGGGCACUGCGAUCGGCGAGAUCCACAUGGGCCCUGCUCUCUUGGGCGCCUCCGUGGACGAGGCCGAUGUGCUGGCCUAUGAGGUGUUUUGGGCCGACAGCUGCGAGGAGCGGCUCGGCACCGCCGCCCUGGGCGGGAUUGCUGCCGGAAGGGGGGAUGCCUGCUGCAGGAACGACGUGUACCAGGUCCCCAUCCGAAGCCGGCCCCCGGAGAGCGCCACGGGCUUUGUGGUCUUCUCCGUGCUUAGCGUGGGCCGUGCCCCCGUGGGGGUCUACGUGGAGCUGAACCGGACCCUGCUGGCGCGGGGGGAAGGGAAGGCUUUAACGGCGAGACGCGCCACAGUCGCCUCAGACAGGGACUUCAAUAAGGACCUCCACGCUGCGCGUGACGCUGCGGGCCGCAGCACUCGCCUGGCCACCCUGAAGGAGUCGAGGCGGAGGCCUUCCUUGGCAUUGGACGCUGAGGCUCUAAUCGCGCCACCGCUGGUACGAGCUCCCCGGACGGUGCGAAAGCUGAAGAAUACAUCUGAGGGGCGCUCAGAGGCCUGGCUCGACCAGAAGCUCCGGGCUCUCUUCCAAGACAUCGACGUCACCGGCCUCAAGGAGGUGAGCCUGGCGGAGCUGCAUGCCUCCUUCGCCAAGCUGAACAUGGCCAUUGAUCCGGAGACCUUCCGCUUGUACAAGCAGCAGCAGCUUCCGCCAGACUGCGACUGUGUGGACGUCGAGGCCUUCGUCUCCUUUUACCAGGCCGUUUGGGAGAACCAGCCGCCCUCGGUUCGGCGCUUUGCCGGUUGCCCCGAGGCCGGCGCGGUGGCCGGAGCGCCGCAUGUCUCGCCAAAGGGGAAGACUUUGGUGCUGCCCUGCCAAAAUCUGCUGCGCGAAGCGGCGGACAACGAGGACCAGCUUCGCGCUGCCUUCUACAGGUACACCAAAGGCAACCUCUACCUCAGUCGAAGCCAGAUGCCGGCAGUGCUGAAGGAUUUGGGCAUCACCGUGCCAGAGGCCAGUGCCCCACAGCUGGACCUGGAGUUCUUCCAAACGUUCUGUGAUCACGAGUUUGACAAUGCCGACGAGAACAAGGAUGGAAAGGUGUCGUUCCAGGAGUGCAUAGCGUACCAGAAUCGCUACCUCUCCAUGAUGCAGGCAACUUCCCUGGGUAUCGUGAGGUCCUUCAGGGACUCGGUGCUUCACAACAAGGACUGA